CUCGCUCGCGCCCAGAGCCAGACGCAGACUUUCUAACGUCUGUUUUUUAUGGAAGAAAAUACUGUUUUUACGAGAUCAUUUCGACAUUUUUACCCGGAUGUAAACGGCAAAAGUGUAUUUAAGAGUCCUCGAAAACGAUAAGGGAAGCUGGGCGAUUAAAAACACAAAAGGAAAUUAACUUUAUCUCUUUGAAGUUAAAGGGAAACAGCGACGAGAACAUUAAUAAACGAUGAGCGAUUUCCUCCAGUUUGCCUCAGUGAUCGUCAAAGAAGGAUUCGGUGUUUGACAUGCAGUCAAAGGUGAACGCUCUCCUUUCUGCUCAUACAUAAACAACAGCUGACAGGUGAAAAACUAAAGAAGUCACUACCCUCGUGUGUUUUGAUCAUGUAGACAGAGACAGACAGCAAGAAAAAGUAAAGUGACAAGGGGCUAGACGAGGAGAUCCCUCUCACUCACACAGGUCACGAUGCCAGACGAGUCGCAAGGUUUUACGGACAAGAGGAGAACUGGACAAGACGAAGCACCAGAAGUGGCUUUAGUGCCGGACGUUGUGGUGAAUGCUAUCGAUGGAGAGGGGAAAAACACUGGAGGUAACAUCAUGGAGCUGGACGACUUCAGUAAAACAAAAGACGGAUUAAGCAGUGACACUUUGAAAGGGAAUGACGGCGCGUUAAAUAAAAGCAAAUCUCCCGUUUCCUUAGAGGUCGGUGUGGCUAAAAAAGUGCAGAGCCCUGAACCUCUGGAGUCUUUGAUGAAGGGAACAACAACAACAGAUCACGCUAACCUGGUCAACUCUUCCUCUGAUAGGCUACAAGCCGUAGAAAAAAGCACAAAAUCCAACUUUGGCGAAGAGAUAUCGGAGCUCGAUGGAUUCCAAAAGACAAAUCAAAUCUCUCCUGUCAAAAUCUCCGCACACAGCGUUAAAAACAGCAACAGAAGUCCGGAUGAUGAUCGAGGCGUUUUUAAAACAGACUCUUCUUUGAGUGGCAGUUCACCAGCAACGCCAUUCAAACUCCCACAAACACGGGACAGCAUCGACGUCAGGUGGGACGACGAGGACAGAGGAGAAGACCAGAAAAGCACCCGGUCGAGGCAGAGUGUGAAGGAGGGGGUGUGCUGCUGCUAUCAGGCGUUUCACAGGGCCUUCCUGCAGUGUGUGGAGGAAACUCCCGCCAUGCUGACCGGUCUGGUGCUGUCCUUGGCUUUCUGCGUGGCCCUCAUCGUCCUGAUCCCCUCCACAGGAAGGAACAUCGUUCAUCACGUGGGUGCGCUGUCAGUGUUGUGUGUGGUUCUGUGUGUGAGCUUCUUCCUGCUCGUCUGUCUGCCCUGGCUGGCCACGGUGCGGCGCUGCGGGGGGGCGCUGGCGCUCUUCGUCUGGGGGACGCUGUACGUCACCGCCAUCGUCUUCAUCUUCACCGGAGGACCCGUCACUGCGUGGGAACAGGUGGCAUUCUUCCUCUUCCUCUCUCUGAGCGUGUACACGGUGCUUCCUCUCUCCAUGGCCUGGGCCCUCAUGGUUGGGAUCUGGACGAGCGUCUCUCACAUCGUCAUCAUCAGCGUCUACGUCCCCAUCACCAGCCCAGACACACCCAACCUGGCUGUGCAGCUGGUGGCGAAUGCGUUUCUGUUUGUGUGUGUGAACUGCGUGGGGAUUUUCCAUCUGUGGAUGACGGAGCGGGAUCUCCGGAAAUCCAAUAUGAAGAGAGAGGAGUUCAGCACCAUACGUUCCCAGAAGGAAAUCAAGAAAUACCAGCAGGAGAAGCUGCUGCUGUCAGUGUUGCCACGGUACAUCGCCAUGGAGCUGAAGACGGAGGUGAUAAAGAAGCUGUUCAAACCCGAGACUGAGAAGAAGAAUGAAAACAACCCUCACAACUUCUACAGCCUCUACGUCCGCAAGCACAGAGACGUCAGCAUCCUGUACGCAGACAUUGUGGGUUUCACAAAGCUGGCGAGUUCCUGCUCACCUGAGGAGCUGGUGGCUGUUCUCAACAAACUCUUUGGAAGAUUUGAUGACAUCGCGAAGAAUAAUGGGUGUCUCCGCAUUAAGAUCCUGGGUGAUUGCUACUACUGUGUGUCUGGUCUACCUGAUCCCAUCCCCACACACGCUAAGAACUGCGUUAAGAUGGGGCUGGACAUGUGCUCUGGCAUCAGUCUCCUGCGAGAGGCGACCGGUGUAGACAUCAGCAUGCGGGUCGGUGUGCACACGGGCAACGUCCUCUGUGGUGUGAUCGGUCUGCAGAAGUGGCAGUACGACGUGUGGUCACAUGACGUCACGUUAGCCAAUCACAUGGAGUCUGGAGGUCUUCCUGGGCGAGUCCACAUCACAGAGGAGACACGUCAGCACUUGGACGGAGCGUAUGAAGUGGAGGAGGGGGACGGGGGGAGUCGGGAUCCUCUGCUUGAAGGGAGGAAAACCUACCUGGUGAUUGACCCCAAGGCAAAAAGCAUUUCCAGGAGACGACAUACACUGGGGAACCAUCUAGCAUCAGGAGAGACGAGGCAGCGGGCGUCCAUCCGGAUGUCUCAGUACAUGCAGUCCUGGAGGACCAUCCAUCCCUUCGCAGACCUCAGCAACCCUAAUGCCACGCACCCACUGCGGCCAAUCGUCACCCCUAAUAACACCUUUGUUACGGAAAGACAACCUGGCCAGUCCAACACCUUGCUUGUGGAUAACGGCAUGAGGGGCUCACUGGACACCAUGGACAAUGCAGGGAGGAGAUUGAAGAAGCUCAACUGUUUGACUCUGCUCUUCAACGACCUGAGCCUGGAGAGAAAGUUCAGAGUUUCAGAGGUUAAAGGUCUACACCACUCCAUCAGCUGCACUGCUUUCGUCUUCGUCACCAUUUUCGCCGUCCAGAUACUCGUCUCUAAGAAUGACUUUGAGAUGGCGGUAUCGUACGGUGUGACCUUCCCUGUGUUUGUGCUGCUUCUGUCCAUCGCUUUCACCGGGUACCUGGAGAAAUGGCGUUCGAAGAUGCCGCUGGUUGUUCAGUGGAUUUCUGGUUUGUCUCGCGGCGUCUCCAGCCGGGCGGUGCUGCGACUGUUCGUGGUCGUUCUCUGUUUGCUCAUCACGCUGCUGAUGGCCUUCCUCAACUUAAUCUUCAUCCCAGGAAACAACUGCACCUCCAUCACCGACAGGAAGGAGCUGGAGGAUCUCCAACUCUACUCUGUGCCUGUGAGUACCUCCACAUGUUAUUUCUCAAAGUUUCAUCUAUAUUAAAGGUGGGGUAGGUAAGUUUGAGAAACCGGCUCGAGAUACACUUCUUGUUAUAUUCCAUGGAAUGCUCUUAACAUCCGAUAG